AGGGUUUAUCUCAUUUCCCCGUAAUCGUAAUCGGAAGCCAAUCGAAUUCUCCAAAAUCUCUUCUUUCUCUUCGCAGCCGUAGUUUUUGAUCUUCAUUUCAUUCUCUCUUCCGAUGGCCGCAUCCGCCGUCGCCAGAUCGAUGCUUCGAGCUGCUUCGUCUCGGAGCGUCGGUGCUUCCACUGGUCGCUUCGCCUCUCAAGCGAAAUCAGCCCCGCCUUUGUUUAGAGCUACUGCCAGAAGAAGCCCACUGCUUUCUCCUCUCCGCAAUCCUGUGGAACUGAGCUUUUGUGUGGAGUCAAUGUUGCCAUACCACACGGCUACAGCUUCAGCGUUAUUGACUUCAAAGCUCUCUAUCUCAGGGCAAAGCUAUGGCUGGCUCUCUGACGCUUGCAAUGAUGAUGUGUGAUGAGUUAGCCAGAAGAACACUGAAGCAACAGUUUAUCUUGCAAAGAGGACUUUUGAUGAUGUCUACGCGUACCCAAUGCGAAUUCGAGAGAAGCUUAAGAGAGUUUAGGCAAAGAAUAAUUGUUGUACUGCUCAAACACAAAUGAUCUCUGUCUUCAAUUUCCAUAUCAAAGACAAAUGUCCUCCCAUCUUUUAUUUCAACACUCCA